AUGGUAUCUAUAACCAAAGCCCACCUUCCCUCCAUCUUGGUCUUCGGUCCCCAGACCGAGCUUCCCCUAGAGAAAUCCCUCCAGGACUGCCGUCAGGAGCUCGUCGAGAAUCCUCGUCUGUCCGCCCUAAGGGCUGCAGUUGGCCAGUUGCCAGACAACACGGUGAGUCAUUACGGCCUUGCUGUCACCGUCCUUGUCCAAAUUACUCAGUACUGUCGCUAUCUCGAGAUUAUCGGCAAGGACGCGCACCGUCGUGUUCUUGAUAGUGUCCAGAGCGGCGGUGUGCAGGGAUUUUGCGUCGGCUUUCUGAGCACAGUGGCUGUGGCCAGUUCAGACGACGAGAGUAACCUUGGCACGUUGGCUGCCGUUGCUCUUCGACUGGCCGUGUGCAUCGGCGCCUACGUUGACGCAGAUGGGGCGAGAAAUGCAGACGACUAUAUGUCUGUUGCUGUUCGAUGGCAGGACGAGAAUGACGAGGACAAGGAGAAAGUAGCCGGCAUCGUACAGUCGAUCCCUGGUGCCUACAUCUCCAGUCUCAACGACUAUUCUAACCUGACGGUUACGAUUCGGGCAUCUAGUCUUGGCGUUUUGGAGGAGGAAGCCACGCGAAAGAACCUGCGAAUCAAAGACGUUCAUGUCCAUGGCCGUUUCCAUACGGUUGAUCAUUCGUCGGCUGUGGAUAAGAUACUGGCCUUCUCCCAGCUCUCAGACGGAUUGUCAUUCCCGGAGCCAUCACGACUGCAGGAUCCGAUCCGGAACACGGCCGAUGGAGGGAUCCUCCCAGACGGAUCUCCCCUGACUCGAAUCUCCCUGGAGAGCGCAAUGGUGAAUGUCGCCGAUUGGUAUGCGACCAUGAAGCUCGCCAUCCAGCAGCUUCCAAAGUCCGAACGAACGGUGGCUGUAGCCGGGUUCGGAAGCGGGAUUCCUGCUUCGCUGACGCGGGAUACACAUCUCCAAGUGCUGUCUCUGGCAAAACUGGACACGCAGAAGCCGAAGCUUAACGGAUUUCAGGGCACGGAGCCGUAUGACCCACAGUCCAGCUAUCCCCCCCACUCCAUCGCUAUUGUCGGCAUGGCCGGUCGCUUUCCAGGGGCAGAUUCGGUCGACGAGCUCUGGGACCUGCUCAUGCAGGGCAAGACGAUGGUCCAGCCGGCACCGGUCGAGCGCCUCGGGCUGCCGCAGACCGGCGAUCACGCCAACACAAAGUGGUGGGGCAACUUUCUGGACAACCCGGAGACGUUUGAUCACAAGUUCUUCAAGAAGUCGUCUCGCGAGGCUGUGGCCUGGGAUCCGCAGCAACGGCUCUUGCUCGAGGUCAUCUAUGAGGCCCUGGAAUCGUCGGGCUACUUCGGGGCCUCAGCAUCCCCAGAGCCUGUCGACUACGGCCGCUACAUUGGCGCUGUGAUGAACAACUACUACGACAAUCUCUCGUGCCACGCCGGCACCGCUUAUGCCACUGUCGGCACCUCGCGCUGCUACCUCAGCGGCUGCAUGAGCCAUUACUUUGGCUGGACGGGGCCGGCCCUGACUAUCGACACGGCCUGCUCGUCUUCUCUCGUCGCCAUCCACACGGCCUGCCGAGCCAUCUGGUCUGGGGAAUGCUCCCGUGCUGUCGCUGGCGGGACAAAUGUUAUUUCAAGUCCGUUUGACUACCAGAACCUCUCUGCUGCCGGCUUUCUUAGCCCAUCGGGGCAGUGCAAGCCGUUUGACGCAGAUGCCGACAGCUACUGUCGGGGGGAAGGCGUCGCGGUCGUGGUGCUAAAACCCCUUGCUGAUGCGGUCGAGAACGGAGACAAAAUCCUGGGUGUCAUUGUCGGGUCGGCGGCCAACCAGAAUCACAAUGUCGGCCCCAUCACGGCACCGCACUCGACAUCGCAGGCGAAUCUGUACAAAAAGGUGCUGAGUCUUGGCCGCGUCAGGCCGGAAGAUGUGUCUUAUGUCGAGGCGCACGGAACAGGGACCGGAGUCGGAGACCCGAUCGAGGUCGCCAGUAUCCGAGAAGCCUUUGGAGUUGACCGGCAGUCGGUGCUCCACUUUGGCUCCAUCAAAGGCAACAUCGGCCAUACCCAAGCCACAGCCGGAGUGGCUGGUCUUAUUAAAGUUCUCUUGAUGAUGAGGCACCGCACAAUACCCUCCCAGGCCAGCCGCAAGUCUCUGAACCCCAAGAUUACGGCCUUUGACCCAACGACAAUGGCCAUCCCACGCCAGACUAUUCCUUGGCAAGCCUCGACGUUUCUUGCCCUUGUCAACAGCUACGGUGCAGCCGGGAGCAACUCGGCUGUCUUGAUCCGGGAAGGCCCAUCAGCGACGAGCACGGAAAACUCCCCCCAGUUGUCUAGGUACCCGCUGUUCAUCUCUGCCGGGUCACCCAAUGGCCUUGCCGCAUACUGCAAGAAAUUUCUGGAUUAG